AUGGCAAAAAACUUAAUUCAAAUAGCGAUAAUAGGUGCUCAAAUUAUUGGACGAGCAUUUACUCGAGCAUUACGUCAAGAACUUCAAUAUACAAAAACAGCAACAGAAUCUAAUAAAACAUCAGCAAAAACCGUUCAAGCAGAUCGUAUUACAGGUAUGAGUCUACAGGAAGCUAAACAGAUUCUCAAUAUAAAUGAUACUGAUUUGCAUGAUCCUGAAAAAUUACAAAAAAAUUACGAACAUUUAUUUAAUUUAAAUGAUAAAACAAAAGGAGGUUCAUUUUAUAUACAAUCGAAAAUUUACCGAGCAAAAGAACGUCUAGAUAAAGAACUUAAAACCUCAUCUUCCUCAACUAAAACUGAUUCAACAGAAAAUCCAAAUGAUACAAAACCUAGUUAA